CAGUCAUCUUCCGAAACGAUCAAACUUAGUGAUUUCAACCAGAUCAAUUGUGUUAAGUGUUGGCAUAGUGAGCCCAUUAUCCAAAAAAAUGAAACUUUUUGUUGGAGUACUUGCUGUUUUGGUGGCUCUUGCCCACGCCGCACCACAAGGAUCGAAAGAUGGCAGUGCACAGAUUGUUAGUCAAAAUACCGAUAUUCAACCGGAUGGAAGCUUCAACUACGCUUACGAAACUGACAACGGAAUCAAGGUCGAAGAUAAGGGAACCAUCAAACAAGUGAAGCAGGGCGAUGCGGACGUUGCCGUGUCAGUGCAGACGGGAUCCUUCCAGUACACUGCACCUGAUGGGCAGGUUAUUAGUCUCACGUUCACGGCUGAUGAAAACGGCUUCCAGCCCCAAGGAGCACAUCUUCCAGUGGCGCCUUCUUCAUAGACAAGUUUUGCGAUAAACUUACUGCCUUGUGUCACUUGCCAUAAUACUCAAAUUAUUUGAUAACACUGUAAUAUAUUAUACCAAAAAUAAAAGUGCGAAACAGUUAUGCAAUAUGUUCUGAA